AUCUGUGGGAAUUACAUGUCCAGAGGACCCAAAGCCUUCCAGAGACACUUUGCAGAGUGGCGUCACGCUCACGGCAUGCGCUGUUUGGGCAUUCCUAAAACAGCCCACUUCGCCAACGUCACCCAGAUUGAGGAUGCAGUGUCCCUCUGGUCAAAGCUGAAGUCACAGAAAGCAUUAGAGCGCUGGCAGCCAGACACAGAGGAGGAAUAUGAAGACUCCAGCGGAAACGUGGUCAACAAGAAGACUUAUGAGGAUCUGAAGCGACAGGGGCUUCUGUAGCACAACAAACAAGAUCUCUGAACACACAAAACACUCACAGUGUAAAUACUGAAGCAGAAAUGUGAUAGAGUUUAGUCCUCGUCUGUCCCACAGUUUGUGAGAAAUUUGAUUGGUCUUUUUGAGAAUGAGCAGUUUGUACAUUUGUAUUACUCUUUCAUUAUGCCCCAUUUUUGCAUUUGCUGUCUUAAUUAUUAAACAGAGACUUUCAUUAAUCGAUACAUUUUAGUACAUCGUGUGAAAAAUGUUUGCUUGUGCAGCAUGCUGUUUUUAACCAGUCUGGAGACUUUUUAAACCUGCUGUACAAUAAAAUCAAAUAGUGAGAUGGUU